AUGAAGCCAUCAAAAUCAACAAAAGGUAAUGAAAACAAACCUGCUUAUUUCAAAGAUGUAAGAAAUUAUAAAGUUUAUGAACAAUCAAUAUUCUUAGCAUUAUUGAAUCAAUAUUUUGAUAUAACUCUAAGACUACCAAUAAAACAAGCAAAAGUAUUUGAACAAAUAUUAGUUAUUGAUUCAAUAUCAAGAGAAGAAGAUUAUGUUGAUGUUGUUUGUUUUAUAGACAAGAGAUGUUCUGAAAGAUAUAAUUUUGAUUUAACUCAUGGAGUAUCAAAAAAAACUUGCCAACGGCGGUUUGAAACAAAUAAACUAACUGAAUCACUUCAUUUUCUUUCAGAUGUCAUAGCAGAAUUUGGUUAUGUUCUUGAGAGAAGAAAUACAAAAGGAAAAAAAGGAACUUUAAAAUGUGAUUUGAUUGAUAAAAUAUUCCUAAAUGAUAAACUCCUUUUUAAUAAGGAUGAUAUUAUAAAAAAAGGAAAACUUAUUAAUCAGUACCUCUGUGAGUUGUUUGUUUCUAGUAGGAUCACUGUGAAAAAGAAUGAUCUCUUUUUAUCAAGUUUUGUAUAA